CUUAUUUCCAGCUAUCUGAAUUCUUUCCUGGGGGGGCUUGGAUUGGAUGAGAUCAGCAAUGGUUCAUUGUAUUCCGGUUUACUGUCUGUGCUCCUGCAUAUCAGGGAAUUGUGAGGGGGCGAGGGUUCUGAGCUGUUUUUAAAUAGGAUAUUUUGAAAAUUAGAUAAGACUUUGCGGUAAGAGGCACGUUUGGCAGCCAGGAGAUGGAAACUCAGCCCUUCCAUUGCAGAGGAAAGGAAGACAGAGUGCAACAAGGUGAUGGCAUCAGAGUAAAGCCUGAGCCUGCGGCAUCCCCCCACUCACAUCUUGGUGUAUUAGCAACAGGGCUCCUCAUCGUUGUGGCUGCAGCAUGCUACUACCUGGUUUUGCUUUGGAAGACAGAGACGAUGAAGACGGAGCAGAUGGACCUGAAGUCCGAUGGGUUCAUCAUUAAAAAUCAGAACGGAGAGCUGGUCUUCAAGGUGGCCUUCCAAUCAGGGGCCUUGGACCUGGAGUCGUGCUCCAAAGAGGGGGAAACUCUAACCUGCACCAGGUCAGACAAAGGGAAGCUCAAUUUUUUCAUACAGACGGUCAAGCCCGAAGACACGGUGAUGUGCUACCGCGUCCGGUGGGAGGAGUUUGUGGCGGACACCGUGGUGGGACACAAAAUGUUCUGGGGGGAUGCCCACUGGUAUGGGGGUUGUGAGAUGAGUGUACAGCACUGGCCAAUCAUGCUCCCAGGAUACCAAGAACCCAUGCCAUUCGUGACAAGCGAUGUGUAUUCAUUCAGGAACAGCUUUGGAGGCGUCUUGGAGCGAUACUGGGUUUCUUCCAAAGCAGCCGCCAUCAAGAUUAACGACUCGGUGCCCUUUCACCUUGGGUUCAAUGCUUCUGAAAGGUCACUGUUCUUCCAGGCCCGGUAUAAAGAUUCCCCUUAUAAGCCUCCCUUGGGACAGCAGCCUUUCCCAGAGCUGAGUUAUCGUAUCUGUGUAGGUUCAGACAUUACAUCCGUCCACAAACACAUGGUUCAGAAAUAUUUCAAAAAACCGUUGAAGAUACCCUCAGAAAACAUCUUCAGGUUUCCAAUCUGGUCAACAUGGGCUUUGUACAAAAAGGAGAUUAACCAGGAAAAACUUCUGGAUUUUGCACAGACAAUUAGAAACUACAAUUUUAAAUAUAGCCAUGUUGAAAUAGAUGACAUGUACAUGCAGAAUUACGGUGACUUUGACUUCGAUCCAUUAAAGUUCCCUAAUGUGUUAGAAAUGUUUGAAAAGCUUAAGAAAGAUGGAGUUAAUGCCACCUUGUGGAUACAUCCCUUUGUCCAUAUAAAUUCCCCAAACUUUGAGCUGGGGAGAGAAAGGCAGCUUUUUGUGACUGAGCCAGAGGGGAAAUCUCCUGCUGUGGUCAAGUGGUGGAAUGGCAUGGGCGCCAUCUUGGAUUUCACCAACCCUUCUGCCAGGGAAUGGUUUCAGAGCCACCUGAGGCAGCUCCGCUCAAAGUAUGGCAUAUUGUCCUUCAAAUUUGAUGCUGGGGAGACAUGCUACCUCCCUAUGCGGUUCUGCACCUUCCAGCCCUUACUGGACCCCAGCGUCUGGUCCAGAUGUUACGCAGAAAUGGCCGCCCCUUUUUAUGAGUUUGCUGAAGUCCGUGUUGGUUACCAAUCCCAACAUAUCUCUUGUUUUGUCCGCAUGAUUGACCGGGAUUCCAUCUGGGGUCAUGAGCUUGGGCUAAAGUCUUUGAUUCCCACAGUGUUGACGAUUGGGCUUUUGGGAUACCCUUUCAUACUGCCAGAUAUGAUUGGCGGAAACUUUCUUCCCAACAAGACAGAAGGUGCUGUAGACCUCCCAGACCGGAACCUCUAUAUACGCUGGCUGGAGCUGUCGGCGUUUUUGCCAGCCAUGCAGUUCUCUAUCCCACCAUGGCUAUAUGACAGGGAAGUAACUGAAAUUGCAUGGAAGUUUGCCAAACUUCGUGAAUCUCUGGUUGCCCCUCUCUUGCUAGAGCUGGCCAAGGAGGUGGCUGCCACAGGGAACCCCCUUAUAAGGCCUAUCUGGUGGGUUUCUCCUGGAGAUGAGUUUGCCCACAAAAUCGAUUCCCAGUUUCUCAUUGGGGAUGCAUUCAUGGUUGCUCCUGUCUUAGAGUCAGGCAUGUUCAAGAGAGACGUCUACCUCCCAGCAGGCAAAUGGAGCAGUUACAAAGGAGAACUCUUCACAAAGACUCCUCUCCUGCUUAUGGACUAUCCAGUCCACUUGGACGAAGCUGCUUAUUUCUCCUUGGUUUCUUAAGCUGCCUUGGGGCCAGGUAAAGGACUCUGUGACCUCCUCUCAAGACCUUCAGGGGACUUUGACUUAAUCUGGUUAUCUUAAAUUGAACGAUUCUUUCUGCACCCAGCGAUUUUUGUAUGGUAAUCAGCUCUUGUUCCGGUCCUCUUCUGGCUUUGAGCUCUGCAGAAUCCAUGCAGCUCACCAUCUUUUUAUCUCACUCUUCCAUGAAAGGGAAGGGUUGUUAUCUCCACCUUGCAGAUGGCAACCUCAGAAUCAGGUUAAUUAAUUGACAGCCAAGCACAGGGAGAGGCUAAGUUCCAAUGUCAUGGAGCUGCAGGCUUUGUUUUUCCUCCCCAGGAGUGUUUUGAAGUGGUUCUCCAUGGGAGAAACCAUUUUGAAAAUAUAAAUGAAAAUGGAUAUAUAUUUUGCAAAAAAAAAUCUGGGCACUAACCUGUCGCUUGCCUUCUGUUCGUGGGUUUUUCCAGAGUCAGAAACUGAAUGGGAGUUUCAAAUAGUGAGGGGCCAGGCCAGAGCUAUCUGCACCUGAAUCCAGAUGUGGUGGUGGUGGAGAGUGCCCUAAAGUCAUAGCUGACUCAUGACGACCCCUGGUGGGGUUUUCAUGGCAAGAGACUAACAGAGGUGGUUUGCCAUUGCCUGCUUCAGCACUCUUGGUCUUCCUUGGAGGUCUCCCAUUCAAUCACUAACCAAGGUCGACCCUGCUUAGCUUCUGAGAUCUGACGAGAUCAGGCUCACCUGGGUUAUCCAGGUCAGGGCAAAUCCAGACGUAGGAAGCAUAUUUUCCAAUCCAGGAUCCCUGAGGUUGCUAGCAUGAGAUAGAACUGGGACCUGGAAUUUGAACCAAGAUGCCGGCUUGAGUCUGAGAAGCUACCAGUAAAAGGUUAUGUUCAGUUUUGUCCAGGGUGCAAGUGUGUAGGUGUGACCCAUUCAAAGGCUUCACACUGCUGCCCCAUCACAGUGGCUUAUGUUCCUUCUAUGUCUGAAGGGGUAUCUGAAGUUAUGAACACAAACACAAAGUCCCUAAUAGUUCAGCUAGGACAGUUUCCCAUCACAGGCCGAGAGAAUCCUGGUUUAAGUACCAGUCAGUGCAAUCCGAAUCCAACUUAUUAGGGAGGAAGUCCAAUUGAACUCCACGGGACUUACUUGUGAGUAUACAUAGACUGCAGCCAGGGUACUCAACAGUCAUCACCACUGAAUUAGCGAUUCUUACUUCUCUGUUGAGAUUUGCAGUACUGGGUUUGUCUGGCCACAAAAGUAACCAGUUAUACAUUCUGGAGAUCCAAACGCUGCAUUCAGAAUAAACCACACAGGCACAUUAGCAGGAUUUGAUUGGACUCUAGCACUGAGACAGCUGUAGGGCCCAGAAUAAUUUAGCAAAGAUGAUGAGGAAGGCAUGGCAUGGCUUCUAGGAACUACAAAUACAAACAAGAGAAGCAUUUGGGCAAAUCCCAUCUCUUGAAAAGCAGAGGUGAGCCAACAGCAAAUCUUGCGCACAAAACUAAAAUCUAGAAGUUCGUUUUAAGUACAUAAAUAAAGCAACGUUGAAGUUUCCAAGAAACAGAAUUCCAAGAUCUCACUACAUGGUACAGAGGUUGGACAAACACGAGUGGGCAUUUGUAUGUCAGCUGCUGGAUAAAAAACAAACACAAGCUCAUUGUGGAAUGGCAUCUUGAGAGAGCUAUUUAAAGACAUAAUGCCAGGACAAACUGCACAGAGCACGGGGCCAGAGUUUCCUCAUCUCUCUGUGGAACCAGACCUGGAGUAAUGCCAAGUGGGAGCCAGCAGCUUAUAUUGAGCCAGCACAUUGGAGGAAAUAUUAAAGUAAAACAACCCCAGAAAAAUCCAGCUGCUAAACUAGGCGCAGUUUGGCUGAGAGAUCACAGCAAAAUGUUCUUUGAGUCUUCCAUGUGAGGCAAGUCAUUAUGCGCUAGAGUCGAUUCAAGAAACACCAGUGUUACGCUAACGUGCUUCUUAGUGCAGGGAUAUAAAAUGUGAAUAGCAUUUAGAGUUGCCAGCUAUAGGUUGGGAAAUUCCUGGAAAUGUGGGGGUUGGGAUCUGGAAAGAGAGGGGUUUGGGGAAGUGAGGGACCUCAGAGGUGUAUAAUGCCAUAGAAUCUAUCCUCAAAUAGCCGUUUUCUCCGGGGGAACUGAUCUCUGUGACCUGGAGAUCAGCUGUAAUGCCAGGAAAUCUCCAGCCAGCACCUGUAUGUUUGAACGUUCAGCUCAAGUUCUUCUAGACAACAUGAUGGUCUAUGCCAUUGAAUCUGUUAAUGAAAGAAAAAAUUGUUAAUUGUGUGGUUCUCACCAGUUGGACUCUUUCCCAUAUGAACUUUGUCUUUUUCAGGUUCUGACUCUGUUUUAUGUAUGGUCAGUUGAAUUUCAUGACUUUGUAUUAAUUGUAUAAUAACAUUUG